AGAAGAUGGCGUCCUGAUGCUAGUAGUGUCUGUUGACCUCUGUUGUGUCAACGACAAGCUUUCUACAGAAGUCUGACCAGGUGUUUAGCCGCAUUUUCAACGACAGAACAUGGACAGAAGUCAGAAGGAAGAGAAGUGGUUGGCGAGAGAGAUUCAACUCAGUCAAAAACAUGCAGAAUUACUUGCCAAGAGAGAACAGUUGCUGCAUCUGUCCCAGAGUGAGCUGAACAGUUCUGAACACCGAGCGAAGGUACAUCAGGCUCACUGGACACAUGUACAACAGAGGAACAAACAACUUCUACAGGACAUGAAGAGAAGUCAGGUGGAAAUGAAGGACCUGGCACGCCAGCCUCCCAAUGUCAAGUUUACUGAACUACAGACGAUGUACUGGACAACAGUUCAGGACCAGCUGCCUCAGUGGAAGAAACAUAUGAAGGAGAAGGGACAGACCAUCAACAGUCCUUAUCACUAGGAG